AUGCGCUGUGACCAAGCUCUUUGGUUUAUUUUCUUUGCAUCAUCAUCUAUUGGCACCCCAUUGCCUUCGUAUACAUCGAAAGAAUCUCAUGAUACUCCAGACAUCUUUAAACCCCUAUUCAACACAUCCUCAAGUCGCGCUCCCUUUAGCACAGACAUAUACCAAGAGCUAUCUCUGCUCGAAGCCAAGAUAUCAGAUAUCGCAACAGGUAAAAUCAAGCCUGUCUCAACCGUCGAAAAAGGCCUCUCAGCCCUUUCCUCGAUUCCACACACCAACAAGCCAACAAUCCUCCAAAGGGCCAUUGACAUAGUAUCCCUGGGUCUAGUGCCAACAACUAUCAUCGACCUCCUCAACGGCAUAACAAACCAUGAAAUAAACUCCAUAGCCAACAGCAACACAAAAGACCCAAGUCCACGAAUCCACCCAGCAAAAUCGUCCCACGACGCACCCUACAGCAUCCCCGAAGCAACCCUCCGCAGCGCAAUCUACAUCCCACCAACCUUUUCCUAUGGCAAAAACGACAAGAUUCCCGUCCUUCUAGUCCCAGGAACUGCUGACCCAGCCGGUAGCACGUACUACUUCAACUACGCGAAGCUCUUCGCCGCAAACCCAAACACAGACCCAGUGUGGAUCAACAUCCCGGACAACUCGUUGGGCGACAUCCAAAGCAACGCAGAGUACGUCGCAUACGCAAUAAACUACAUCUCAGGCCUCUCGCGGUGUUCCAUCGGGGUCCUAAGCUGGUCGCAAGGCAGCUUAGACGUGCAAUGGGCUCUAAAAUACUGGCCGUCGACACGGGCUGCGGUCAGCGACUUCAUGGCUGUGAGUGGUGAUUUUCAUGGGACAGUUGUUGAGACGUUGUGCAUGCUCGCCGAGCCGGUUUGCUCACCGGCUGUGCAGCAGCAGGGGUAUGAUACGAAAUUUAUUCGCGCUUUACGUGGUGGGGAUGGGGAUUCGGCGUUCGUGCCGACGACGAGCGUGUACUCUGGGUAUGACUUUGUUGUUCAGCCACAGAGUGGGGAGUGGGCCUCUGCGGCGCUCCGGGAUGUGCAUGGGGUUGGGGUGUCAAAUGUGCAGGUGCAGGUUGCUUGUGCAGGGCGUGCUGCUGGGGGGUUUUAUUCACAUUCGGCUAUGCUGGUUAAUCCGUUGGCGUAUGCUUUGUUUGUGGAUGCUUUGGUGCAUGAUGGGCCUGGGCGGUUGGAGAGGAUUGAUCUUAAUGCUGUCUGUGGGGAGUUGGUUGCGCCUGGAUUGAAUGUGUAUGACUUCUUGGGGAUGGAGGCUGUGUCGAAUGUGGUUGGGGUGCUUGAUGUGUUGUUGUAUGGGUUUAAUGGGAGUGAGCCACCGCUUCGGGACUAUGUUCAUCGCUAG